CCAGCGUGCCAUGCUUCACCAGCAUGACUGCAAGAAAACCCGCGUUGGCCCCGAGCCAACAACUCUCUGCUAGCGCGAUUGUUGUGAUAUUAGCCAUUAGCGCAACAUUGUUUCUGCAUUUCUUCGUCUGGCGGAGGGAUUGUGCAUCCCUGCACUGUGGCGUGAACGCGACACUAGUGAUCGUGCUUCCCCUUACCAUUUAAAUCUUAAUUUGCUGCACCCCCUACACUGAACAUGGAUGAGCUGGACCUGUUCAACGCUGACGAGGUCUCGGAAGAGGACCUGUGGAACCAGUACCAUGCCGCUGCCAUGGCCGGGGCCGACCUCGCCGACCCCAAAGAGGAAAACGUGUCCUCCGACCUGAUGUUGGGAGCCGGCCACCAGACGGCGGACGGCCUGGGCGAGCAGCGGCCGCGCUUCGUGGGCGAGUACGCGUGCGACGUGUGCGGCGAGACCUUCUACACCAUCGUGCAGCUGGCCAAGCACCGGCAGUUCCACGACCGCGACCGACCCUUCCAGUGCAGCAUCUGCGGCAAGCGCUUCCUGAGCCGCAGCCACCACCACGAGCACCAGCGCGUGCACACCGGCGAGCGGCCCUUCCCCUGCGAGCGCUGCGACCGCUCCUUCACCACGCACCACAACCUCAAGCGCCACAUGACCAUCCACGACAAGGAGGAGAUGUACCGCUGCCAGCAGUGCGGCGUGCUCUUCUGCCAGGAGCACGAGUACAAGCUGGAGACCAUGCGUCUGCCGGGCGUUGUCGCCCCGGACUUGCCCGCCUUCAACCUCGACCCGCCCAUGGUCGCCCUGCCCAGGCCCCCCAGGCCCUUGCCCUCGAUGGUGCCAGCAGCAGUGGCGUCACCACUACCACCCCCCGUUCUCCCACCGCCAGUCAUGCCCACGCUCACGCCCAUGGUCCCCACCCCCACCCCCACCCCCAGCUCCUACUCCAUGGAGUACCAGAUACCCAACGUGCCCUCGUACAGCGGCCUCAGCAGCGGCGAAGUGAAGAUGUCCCAGGUGUUCGUGGAUAAGAAGAAGUACAAGAAGAAGAGGAAGGGCGAGGGGAUGUCCUUGUUUGACGUCAGCAGGAACAUUGCCGGGCACUCGCCCCGGAAGCCGGAGCUGGUGCUGGACGCAGACAUUCCCGAGUACCGGAGGAAGGGGAGCAACAACGCGGUGCAGAAGAAGACCAUGGGCAUGCACAGGAUCGCCUAUGACAUCGAAGUGGUCAUCUAGAUGGCUGCUAGUGCAGAGGAGUAUUUCAAGAACAUAAAAGUUAACCUGCUUGAAGUGGCAAAUCGGCUAAUAGCUUACCCACCGCUGUCAUUUAGUUCAGGAAAUAAGGGGUGCGUUCCAAUAUGCGACCUUGCGUCCUCCACUUGUGCUUGUGGCCUCGUACCAGAAAGUGAUGACAUCACUGACGACAGCAUUGUAUUUCAAUAUUUCGCAAAAGCUCAAUUGUAAAGUAAUUUUCCUCAUUUUCAAACAGGCUGGUAAAUGAAGAAUAUUUCCCCAAAAAUUGUUUUGGCUAGGCUGACAGCGGGGAAACGUAAUUGUUUUCUCCAUGGAGGCAAAACAUGACGCCACAAGCCCAAGUGGAGGACGCAAGGUCUCAUAUUGGAAUGCACCCAAGGACUCCAGUCCCUUGUAUCAGAUGAUUUACCAAGGUUAACUUAACCUGGACUUAGCCAGGUUCUUGGAAUGCACCCCAGGGUGUUGUUUCGAAACUGCACUUGCACAGCACCUAAGCCUAUGUAGUACUUCAGUAGUAUGAAGCUGCAACGAGACAAUAUAUCAGGGCUGGAUUUAAUAUAGGGCUGUGUGGCAAAGUAUACUACAUAUAAUACUUUUCCUGGCAUGUGCUCAUGAAGUACUUGUGCCUAGUGUAUGUGCAAGGAUAUGCAUUGCAUGCAUAGGAGGCACUUCAUACUACUGUACUAUUUAAGUUUAGAUGCUACUGAAGUGCUUUUGGGAAACGUGGCCCUGAUUCCUAGCUGCACCUAAGCUUCAGGGAGCUGUAGGACCUUUCUGGAGUGUUAAGGAGUUGUGGACAGGCGAAUUCUAAAACCUUUUUUGAAAUCUAAAAAGCUUUUUUGUAACGAGAAUGUAGUAGUAACAUCAAACGUGACAUGGUUAAUGUUUCUGUCAGGGCCAUGCUCUGCUCCCUUCUAGUUUUUUUAUGAUUUAAAUUUCUUUUAUGCUUUUGCUAUUUCCACUCUUUGAAUGAAUGAUUUUUGUGUGUAUCACUACUUAUCACCUUAUGAAAUUGCUGCUGGUAGUUGUGAAUGAUAGAUGUAAGUAAGCAGUGUUUGGGACUGUUUUUCCGGCUGAAUUCCACUUCCCACGGUGCCUUGAGACUGGGGUGAAACGGGCCUGCAGCAGGCAUGGAGGAACAAUACAAUGCAUCACCAUUCCAGUCCCUCUUGGACAUUUCGUUGAUUGUAGGUUUUUUUUGUUGUAUGUUGUGUCCUGCCCUCCAGAAGGGUUCUCAUGGCCAUUUAUGUCUCAUUGCUGUUUUGUGGUGAAAUUAACAAACCAAAAUACUACAUUUGUGUCCUUAAUUGAGUUCAAUCUGCUGUGAAGAUCUCUCCACAGAUAUUCCACUGAAUGUGGACUACCCCAAGACCUACCUCAAAACAUUUAUCAAGACAAGGAAUCAUGUUGUGACUUUUGUUUGUUUGUUAAGAAAUCAUGUUUUUGAAACACCUUUUUAUACCUACUGAAGAUCUGGGUUUUUUCUUCUAUUUUCCAUGGAAUUAUGUUAAAAUCAAAGAAAAAAGACCACAUGACAUUUUAAUUGUGAAUUCUUUUCUGGGAAUGUUACUUAAAAAUAUAAUAUCGAGCUGGCCUUAUUGCCAUGACUCAAAUGUAUGCGGCCUUUCUCACUAAUAAAAUGAAUUUAAAAUGAAGAAUGUUCA